GGCACAGGAGCAGGAGUUAUGAGCCAUGUUCCUACAAGACCUCCAGCAUUAGGAACAAAUGCCUGGAGAAGUGUAGUUGCACAGCGCAGAGCCACAGCUCUUGUGAACCGCGGGUAUCAGCACCUCUCAGACUUGCUCCUCUGACUCUGAGCACUCCACCAGCAUUUCCUACCCCACGAAUGGCUACUCAGAGGAAGCAUUUGGUGAAAGAUUUCAAUCCUCAUAUCACCUGCUAUAUCUGUAAAGGCUAUCUCAUCAAGCCAACUACAGUAACAGAGUGCCUCCAUACCUUUUGUAAGACUUGUAUUGUUCAACACUUCGAAGACAGCAAUGACUGUCCCAGGUGUGGCAACCAAGUGCAUGAGACCAAUCCACUGGAAAUGUUAAGGCUGGAUAACACUUUAGAGGAAAUUAUAUUUAAGCUGGUACCUGGACUUCGAGAACAGGAACUGCAGCGAGAGAUUGAAUUUUGGAAGAAAAACAAACCUCAAGAAAAUGGACAAGAUGAAAGCCCAAAGGCUGAUAAACCCAAAGUAGAUGAGGAGUGUGAUGAAAAUGAAGAAGAUAAAGACUAUCACAGGAGUGACCCACAGAUUGCUAUCUGCCUUGACUGUUUACGCAACAAUGGGCAGUCAGGAGAUAAUGUAGUCAAAGGUUUAAUGAAGAAAUUUAUCCGCUGUUCUACUCGUGUGACUGUGGGAACUAUCAAAAAGUUUCUCAGCUUAAAAUUAAAACUACCAAGUUCUUAUGAGCUGGAUGUACUAUGCAACGGAGAGAUCAUGGGGAAGGAUCAUACAAUGGAAUUCAUCUAUAUGACAAGAUGGAGACUAAGAGGCGAAAACUUUCCGUGUCAGAACUGCUCAUCUUCGCAAGUCUGCUCACAGGAUGGCACUUUUUAUCAGUCUUACCCUAUGGUACUUCAGUAUCGACCUAGAAUUGACUUCGGAUAGACCAAAGGGCCAGAUCCCACUGAGAUGAAUCCUGCACUAUUUGUUUACCCAUCGACAGAUUGCACAAUGAAUGGAUGUGCCUGGUUUAGGGGGACACAACCAGAUUUUCAGCAUGCAAAUAAGGACAUUGUCUUUCUUAAAAUUGUCAGUUGCAUCUCUGUUGUUUCUAUUAGAGCAAGCCAAGUGCCAUUCUGCUACUGAAAUGUGCAUAAGAUAUUUGUGUAUCUUAAAAGUGUGCUGCAAAUCAUAGCCAAAAUCAUGAAGUGUACAGUCAAGAUUCAAAAUCUAUGGAAUAUUUUUGCUUGCGUGUUAGAAAAUUUCUCUGGUCCUAAUAUUGAUUACACUAGCAAAAUGGCAGAGUGCUCAUUCCGUGUGGUGUUGCAGUUUCACACACUUACUAUUUUACUGAAUAUUGUUGUUUAAAUCAUAGAGUACUGUAACAAUAACUAAGGAUUAUACCUUGAAAAUAUUUUGUAUAGAAAAUAUAUUUAGAAAAGUGGUGAUUGGGCCACUACCUUUUUCUUGAUAAGCUUCUCAUGGGUCCAGGUAUAGCUCACUCAUGAGUGUGCAACAGUCCUUUUGCAGUAAAUGAAGAUGAAUUACCCUUAAAAAGAGAUGUAGAACAUGGUAACUGAAAACAGUAACUUUAAACCUUCUAAAUAGAUUCUGAUAAUAUCACUUAAAAGCAUCGCAGCCUUUGUCAUUGCACUUUCACAUGGUUUCCCUAAAAAUUGCAAUUUGGGAUACUAGCUGUUAUGGGGAAGUGGCUUCUGGUCAGAUUACAUUUCUUCUAAUAAAGCCUUCAUAAAAAUGAAGCUUAAAAUAAUGUAAAUGUCUGAAACAAAUUUCACUGUAAGAUAACAACCAAGGCAAACUUUUACAUAAUAAUUACCUUUCAUGGUUAGUAUUGGUUGGAGGUCUAUCAUAGGCAAAGACAAAAAUAAUAUAUAGCUUUAAAUACAGUGUAUUUCUUGUGACUAUCUGGAGCUUAGAAUUUGUUACAGAAAUUUUCACUAGUUAAAGUCAAAUCAUAAAACUAUUUCCAUAAAACUCGAGGUAGUGCAAUACUGAAGAUAAGCAGUCUGACCAAAUUAAUUGUUCAGGACAUUGUUUUUUCUGAGACCUGGUAGUGCUGGAUAAAAAGUGAUUGCUGCCUUAGGUAUUGCAAGCAGAAUGGUUCUAGCGUGGAAUGUUUAUUGGAGUUUCUGGUAAUGUUGCAGGGAGCAUAUGUUUUCUGUAGUCUUCCAUUGUCUUUGCUCUGCUUGAAAAUCAGUUGAGUUUUCACUUCAAAUUCUGAGACACAGUUCAGUACUGUUAUGUAAUUUCUAGUUAAUACAUGUCUGCUAAGUAUUGUAGAUAACUGUUUACUUUCUUAUGCCUUUUGCAUAUAGCAAAAAGGAACCAAAUCAGUUUUUUUCAGAGGCUACUAUUGAGUGAACUAAUCACUCGUAGGUGGGACAAUGAAAAUUAUAUCUUGGGAUCAAGUAUAAAAGAUAGAAGCAAGGCUGUAAUUAUUAGUAAAUUUGGUUUUGUACGUUAGUACAUUUCUGUAGGAGAAAUAAGCAUGUUGUAGAUUAAAUCUAGCCCCUUUAAUGUUAGCAUGGUUUCUAAGAUUGAUGACUUGAGGAACCCAUAUAUAGUUGGGUUGAGUUCUGCCAUUGCACUCCAAAGCCCAUAUGAAAUGCAGAAAUAAAGAUGCUGUCAGUAGCAGUCUGUUGAGGAAACCUGCCAUUGCAGGUCAAGGUUGCACAUAUUGUGCAGAUGCCAGUGAUGCAAAAGGUUUGGGAAGCUGCUGCUCCUUUCUGCAGGCAUGGUGUGCUGACUGAUAGAGGCACUGGCUUAUCCACACUGUAGAUGGGAAGGGUUGCACGUGCUGGCUGCAGAAAGGGGUCAUCUUUUUGCUCACUCAGCCGAUGAUGAAACUCGACAAACAAAAUGAUACUCCAUGUAGGGAGGGCCCUUCUCCUGUGCAGAGUCUCUAGGGAAAAAUAGAUCUUGUUGUAUAUACAGAGGUCUCUUCAUGGAGCAGCUUGGAAGAGCAGAGCAUGCAUUCUAACUGCAUUCUUCUUUAGCAUAUACAGUUGUUUUGUAUGGUAGAAAUAGGAUAUUAUUUGUAAAUAUUUACAUGCACAUACAAAUGACACCUUACAGUUUUUAUAUAUUUCACAUGUUUUUAUACCAGAACUUUCACUGUAGAUUGAUUCACUUGACGUAAAACGCCUGUUUCGCUUUAUCACAAAACUAAUUGUAGUACACUUACGCAUAAUGUCUGCUUGGUUCAGAGGACAGUUUUUUUCUCAACUGUUGUGCUUGCUGCUUUGACAAAUUUGAACAGACUUGUUUUUAAGAUAAGAACACGUUAUUUUUUAACCCAUUUUAAGUUAUCAUCACAGAAGUUUGCAUUCACCUAACAGGACCCCCGAAACAGGACCGCUUUGUAUGUGUGGGCUUCUGAAUGGCAACUAAUAGAAGAUUUGACUGUGCAAUGACUUUCUGUAUACACAAUUGAGAGAGAUGUGAAUUCUCUUGAUGAGAAUUAGACUUUGGUUUGUUUCAUGGUAUUUUCUUGAUGCAACUUAAAGCUAGUUUACAGAAGACAAAUCAUCGUUUUAAGCAUGGAAAAUACUGACAGAUAUGAUGUAAUGUUCCCAACUGAGAAUCACGGCAUUAAAUGCAUAGGAUCUAGCCACCUACACUUCAUGCAUUUCUGAUUUGAUGGCAUGCUGCCUGUGUGUUCUUAUAAUUUAAUAGUUUUUGUAGCAGUGAAGUGCCAGUGAAAUACAUAUCUUAACUGGGCAGCUUGUGUAACACAGGCAUUGCCUUCAUAGGAAUUUCUCUCCCAUAUAGUACAUAUGUGCCAUGUGUCUACAGAUAUGCAUAUUUAAUUCAUUUGUGCCAAUUAAGAAUAUCUGAACAGCAUAGGAAUAUGAGAAUGCAUGUACAGAUUCCUGUGUGCCAAAGAUGGGGUAAAGUGAAAUGAGUACCUAAGCAUUCCAUUAAAUCUGCACCAUAUGCCAUCCUAGAGCAGAUGACUGUAUACAGUCACAUUUUCAGAGCAUUUCUGUGACAAAGUGUCACCACUGCAUGUUUGUAAAGAAUAGGAAUAUAAAAUAAGUGUUGCUGCCACUGUUGUUUCCGUGACUUUCCCAUAUGGGCAGUACCUAGCUGCAGGGGAAUAAGGUGUGAAAAAAUUGUCACUACUACCUAACCUUGCUGUCUCUUCUUUAGCACAUUUGGUGCUUUUCUUUUUUUUCCCUAAAAGUGAAAAACUUGUGUCUGCUUUUAACUCUGGGGUAACAAGUCAUAAGCAACUUAUUUUUUUGAGCAUAACUAUAUGGUGCACUUUUUUCAGUAACAAACUGUAAACUGUUACAAGAUCCUAGAAUAUCUCAAACAACACAGAAUUAGAUGGUUAGGCAUGAAAUUUAUCUGCCAUCAUGCAUUCCUACACAGCUCAUAGCUAAGGGCCUAGUCCUGUAAACAUUUUUAGUUGGAUGAAAUACCAAAUAAGAUUACUACAAUAAUGUGACUCAUUGCUGUAGUAGGUACCAUUCACGUGAAAGCUGGGAUUUGGGUCCUAGGAGUAUGCAGUGUGUAAAGUAUAUUGUGCAUACUCAGGCAGCUUGCAGUUAUUUUGCAAAAAAAAAAAAAAAAACAACCCACCCUAUAAAAAGUAUUACUUUGACUUUACUGAAAAUGUUAUUUAAAGCAAAGUGCCUGGUUAUUGAUACAGAAUACCUUUUAAGCCCAUUAUUUGCAUUUGCUUCUGUGUUUUAUCUGUGGUCUUAAAAUUUUCAACAAGAUUAUUUCAUAAACCAAAUGUAUUGAGAACUUUCUUUCAUGGGAAACAAUAAGAAAAAGAAAUGUGUUUAGAUAAUUUAAAAUUGAAGAAAACCCCUCUCUGAAACCCUGUGUGAAGGUAAUUACUUUCAUAUUGGGAUUAUUUAAUUUUCUGCAUGAGGAACCCAUGAAUUCUUGAUCUUUGUCUUUUUUUCUCUAUAGGUUGCAAUAAUCUACAUUGACUUUUCUCUUCUACUGUUAUCAAAAACAGUUCCAAUAUGUCUGCAGAAGAGAGAUUGAUCACAUUCCCUUUUAUAUAUGAGCUAGGCUCUUGUUUUCAGCUACAGACAAAGUAAUGGUUUGGAGUUCUAUCUCAUCUCUCCCAUGUCUAAUUGUUAGAUGUGACUUUGUGAGAGAAGUAAACAAUUUUUUCUUCUCUCUUGUUUUCUAAAAUAAUAAAAGAGACCAGGGUUUAGUCCUUUAGUUGAACCAAUCACUGACCUGUCUUGUUCUGUUUGUUUCAUAUCACUGAAAAUAUAAAGAGGCAUUCACUCCCCAGAAGAAAUGUUCUUGGGAGGACUUGCAAUGAAAGGAAUAGCAUCCAGUUCAGCCAAAUACUACGUCUCAUAGAAAUACUAGAGAACAAAUAGUUGUUCAAAGGCAGUGUUAAGUCUCCAACUAAACAAGUUGAACUCUGUUUAUAGAGGGGCUAUAUAAAAUGCUGGUCAACUACAUGGACUGAUCAAAUUAAUUUUAAUCUUCGAAAAGACCAGAGGCAGUUAAGAAUUAUCUCCUUAUCCACAGCAAAUAUAUAUAAACAAAGAAGUUUAAAUGAAGAGCUGAUCUAGUUUCUUCACUUAACAUAGACAGAUUGAAGGCAUCAGUUUGCUUCCAUCAAAGAUGCAUAUGUCAUGUAGAGUAUUCCCCUCUCAUUUUCCUUAAUGCUAUGUUAUUUUCAUUUAUCUCAGUUAAAAUGUCUAUUCAUACACCCUCUAUCCUGUAAUUGAUUCGAGGUUCUUGCACAUCUUUUACCCCUUCCCGUACCUCAACCCAUUUCAUACCCAAAAAAUAGAAACAUUGAGGAAUUGUAAAGGACAAAUUGCACACGAGGAAUCAGCUCAUAGGUUUCAUUUGUCAGGCAGCUCUCACAAGUUUCAGCAGUUUUCACAGUUCUGCAUUUUGAGUCCUUUAUAAGCCAGUUUGAAGAAGGUAAUGCUUCCACAAGGUGUUCAGUUAAAACACUUGUUUGAGGCAGAUUGCAAUGUACUGGAGCAUGUUCCAGGAUGAAUUCUGAGACAUAAGGGGAUAGAUUAACCCUGAUGACAAUGUGAAAAGCUUCCAACUCCUCAUUUAUCACUAGUUUUAUCACAUAUGGGUGGUCUGGCCUUCAGACCUCGGUUGAAGCAUCCUUCUGUAAGAACGUCCUCCAACAGAUGAUCUUACAAUGGUGAUGUGUUUUUCUUCAUAAGCAGAUCUAGCUGCUGAAUUAAAUUUUUUAGACCACUCUUUACACUGUCCUUAGAUCAGAUUAAAAGAUCCAGUUCCAGAAUAGAAAACUGAUUAAUUGAUGAAUUCUUGGCACAUUCUUUCAUUCAAGGUACUUGUCCUAAAUCCGAGUUCAGGUAGCUUGCUACUACAGUUGAGUAAUGAUAUUGUUUUGUUCUGUAGUAAGCAACUUAUAUCCAUGCAGUUCUAGAAUGUCACAGUGAAACAGAGGAAUUCUGUAUAUAGAAAUGUCCAGGAACCUUUUUGUACUUGCAGAAUGAGACCUGGUUCUGUAUGCUUAUGAUGGAGGAGACAUUCUGGAAUGAAAGGUGUCUACAAGCAGAGGUUUUUGUCAUUAGUUUUAACCAGAGAGGCAUUAGUUUGACUUUGCAUGUUUAUCUGAACCAUUAGGCAUACUUUUCUUUGAAGUAACUUUUAUGUGUAUUUUUAGCAACUGCUUCUAACAAGGUUAAUAACAUGACAGUUGACAGGUGAUGAGGUGAACAGGAGUAGUUACUGUGCAUUUCCAUGUUCCUCACGAUAGUGAGUAGAAAGCAAAGUAGUUCAAAGCAGGUAGUUAUACAAUAUACCAAAUUGCUGCAACAGUAAAAAGAUUGUGCUGCUAGUUAACAUACUGAGGGUUGUAUAGCAACUGAAGUUGUAAUGAAGAUAAUUGUUAUCCAAGUGCAAGGCACAUAUUUUGUGGUGGUAUUCUACUCCUAAAGUUGUGAUUUGUAUGAUACUGAGUACAGUAGACAUUGUUGCUGUUGUCUCAUGAAUUUUUGAUCUGGUAAAAUGAAACCUGCUCCCUUUUGACUGAAAAAUAUCACAUACUAAUUGAUUUUAAAUUACUUUUUGUUGUCAGAUAUUUAGUUUGUUCAUUAAAAAAAAAAAAUUAAAAGUAAACUAUUCUUAAGGAUAAUCUGAUUGCCUAAUAGUAUCAAGGGACAUAUUUAAUACCAAAGGUAAUGCCACCCAGAAACGGACUUGGAAUAAGGCAUUGGCACUUUUCUGGGAGUGCAGUAGUUGAGAGUUACACCUGGCAUCAAUCAGGCAGAACUUAACUGUUUGUAGCUGUCACCGAGCUGAACAGUUUGGCACACAUAUCACAGUUUCCCAAACAAAACAGAAAAGGCAAAAACCAACAGGAGUAGGAUAAAGGUUAACAGACCUAGAGUAGCUCUUUGAGCCAUAGCACGUGUUCCCGAAGAAAGCACAAAGGCUUGCAUUACUGAUGUGUCUGCUAUACCUGGCCUGUGAACUAAGGAGAAACUUCAGUGCGCUGUCAAUUCUGUAAACCUUCCAAAGCACAAAAUAGUCACCAAGCUACUUUUGGGUGUUGUAGUUCAGUGAUAUUUUGGAGGGUGGAAAGGACAGACUUGGAGGAUAAUGAGAAGAUAUUAAGUAUGUCUUACAGAUUUUUAUAGAUAUUUUUUUAGUAAAUGGCAUUGCUGUCCUUGAUGUGAGACCAUUGUUUAGCAAGUUGAUUAUUUUACUUCUGCAGGAUAACAUAGAAAGAAUAAAGAAAUCCAAAUAUCUUGAUUUCCUUUUCCAGGAUAGUGAUUAACUACACUGGAAAGUAAUAGGACAAUUUAUCUAUUUAGCUGACUGAAAUAUUUCACUUUAAAAGCUUACUGAUCAUUUUUUUUCCUAAAUACAAUCUUACUAGAAUGAACAUGAAGCAAUGCAUUUUUCCCUUAUUGCAAACUUAACUAUUGAAAUUAUUUUGCAUUUUUUAAAAUGGAUGCAAAGCCUGAAUUGUCGGAUGUUCCAGGCUACCAAUGAGAUUAGACAGAGUUACUCUCAAUGGAUUUUUUUUUUUUGGGAUGGGGGCCUAAGUGUCCUUAUAUAAGCUGUGAUCCAAGUUGUGAUAAGAAAGGAGCCUAUGGUGAGCAGUAAUAAUGUUCUAAUGCUUCCUUGCAUUUGAUCAGUAGUUGACAGUUUUUAAUAUAUCAGCCCUCACAGUACUUAGGAGCUCAUAGAACAUAUUGUGAUGUUAAGUUGCUAAUUUGUUUUAAAAUAUAAAAUGUUUUAAGCUUUUUGUCAAAAGUGAUAACAUCAUAUUACAAAUAAACCUUUUUGUGGUUGUAAAAUUUAGCUUAUAAAUCAUUCAAAUUGAAGUGAAAAAAAAACACAGGUCAUUGUUAAUGACAGUCUAUCCUACUAUUAAGAAUAUAUGUAUUUUUGUAAAGGAAAAGCACUUGUAGAUAUUUAGUCAGUCCAAUAUCUAUGUUAAUGUUUUGGAAAAAAAGAAAACAAAAUGCUGCUUAGAGAAUCACUUAUUUCUCUUUUUUUUUUUUUCCCUCAAAUGCAUUUUCUGUUGAUUUAUGAAAUGUUUAUUCUGUGUGAAGCUGUAUAGUUAGUACAGCUGGGCUAAAUACAUUUCUUAAUCAAUUCUAUCUGACUGUGGUAAUACGUUUUGUCUGAUCAGAAUGCUGAUUGCAAAGCAUAGACUGGUGGUGCUGGUUUUCAUCUUUGAUAUUAGCUUCAUCCUGCCUUAGAACAUUUCUACUUUGUACUAAUUACAAAAAUACUAAUUUUUUGUGCCAUUUUUAUUUUCGUGGAUGUUUUAGAGUAUAUUUGGUUGUAUCCUACUAUACCUAUAACCAUUUUUACAAAAUGGAGACAAAAUUUUACAUACUCUAUUUAAAAAACAAUUCCCCAGAUGAAAAAGUAUUCCAGAUUAGUCAAGAUUACUACUUAACUUUCCUCUAAAGGAAACUACUGCUGGGGUACAUUCAUGGAACAUGAUUACAUCGCUAAGGUUUCUCAACAUUAGUACAAGUAGUAUUUUUUCCAAUUCAGAAUAGCUCACAUCUUUUAAUAUUUUGUGGCUGUUUGAAACCUCACUCAUAACUCUAUUUUGAUUCAUCAGAGGGAAUUAACACAGUUAAAAAAAAAAACACAACAAAAUAAUAAAGCAAAACUGUGGCAACCACAUUUAUUUGUAGUUAUUAGUGUAUGUUCCAAAAUCUGUUUACUUGUUUCAGUGGGAUUCUACAGGGCUCUACUCCAUGGGCCUGAUACUGAGUUAAGCUCUUCAGCUUGACCGUAAUGGAGCUACUUUCUUUCAUUAUCCUUGUAGCUACAACUUGAAAUGACCCAGAGUUUCCACUUUCUCUCUGAAUUUCCUUUCAUGAGUAGCUAAUAUUUUCUAGAUGUAAUCUUAUUCUAUUAACCUUCACCAAAAGUGAGUAAGUUUUGCAGUGUUGAAUGUGCACGCUAGCAGUAGGAUUCAGUGUUAUAAACUCAGCUGAGUAAAUACUUGCAUAAUUGGCAAAUUGGAGGAGAAUUUCACUCAGACUCUGAACACUUGUAAUGGCACUAUCUCAUUGAUACACGUGCUUCACAAAGACCUGCAUGUUAUCAGGUUUUUAUGUGUUUUAUUACUUGAAUAUUGUCCAUUUUUGCAAUGUUAAAAAAGCUGAUUUCUGUAUUAAUUUGUUGGGAGUUCACAUCUCAGGGUCCACAAAGUAGCAUUUCAAAAAUUUCAAUCCAUUUGAGCUGAGUGCAAUACCAGUGUUGCACUCUCCUAUCUUUGAAAGAGCCAAAUCCCUUGUGUUUUGAGGUAUUUUUAAAAGCAGUGUAAAAUUCACCCAGUUUUACCAAAAAAAUGUGGGGUUUUUGUUGUGUUUUUUUUUAAAUCUGUGCUAAAAAUCCUUAGAAGCCACAUGUGGCCCUGGGGAAAAAUGAGCCACCUCUGAGUUAGCAGCAGUGAGAAAUUGGGUAAGGGCCGUGUUGGUGCUUCAGGAAGGUUGGCAAAGAGGUCCUGCCUCAUGACAGAGAGUGAAGUGUACGCUUUCACAGCUGCAUUUGCAUUUGUAAGAGAUUUAUUUUACACCAACAGCUCAUGCAAACCCUGUAAAUGCACCUUUUAGAAUCUUGUGUAUAAAUAUAUUUGAUAUGUAAUGAUAUUUCUUGUGAUGCAACUACCUGUAUGGCUCAGUACUGGUGAUGUUAAACUGAGCACAUGAUGCUAAUAUCAAGGAUAUUCACAGCACCUCUGUAACAGCUGAUAACAAAUGAGAGUUUGGUCUGACCUGUAUGCUGCAAGAUGCCUCUAGCCCAGUUGGAUUAAUUUUAUGAAAAAUCUAGAUGAGCAAGAAGUAUAACUAAUCUGCUUACUAGCACUGAAUUGCUCCUUUCUCAAAGCAAUAAAUAUAUUCAUGUUGUAACAUCUGUUGUGUGGCCUACAAUACAAGUUGUUUUGUUGCAUUGUUUCUAUAUAAUUUAUUUUGUGCAAUAAAAAAA